AAAAAUGUUAAUAUUCGGACCCUCCCGCCGAGCUGCGCCGCCCUCCGCGCCGACGCCAUGCUCCAGUUCCUGCUUGGAUUUACUUUUGGCAACGUGGUUGGAAUGUAUCUGGCUCAGAACUAUGACAUACCAAACGUGGCUAAAAAACUAGAAGAAAUUAAAAAGGACUUGGAUGCCAAGAAGAAACCCCCUAGUGAGGCGAAUUCCAGCACUGCCUUUUGGAUACAUUGAUUCUGCUGUUCUUGAGGGCCUCCUUAUCAUCUGAACCAGAAGCUUUUGUUUUAAAUUCCAGCCUCAACCAUUUUUCUCUCUGCUAGAUCCUGCCUUGCCUGAGAGCACAGAUGGGGCCAGAAGUUAAGAACCACCCUUUCCAUCUUCCUCACCUCAUCCCUUCUUCCUCCCAGCCACUUGAGAAGGCCUGACUGGAAUUAUGGUGCUAGAUUAGUAAACGUGACCUUUAAUUAGUAGUCUCUUCUUUAUUCUUUGGAAUUUCUACUCUUUUCUAAAGAAAAAUUGAUGAGUUUUGUAUAGCCGAUCAGACAUAAAUAAUGCUAAUUUCACAGUUUAGCAAUUAUAAUGGCUGUUUAAACA